CGGCGACUGCUGAGCUCUGGACUGGACACAGAGGCUACGUGAGCCGGCAGGUUGGAUGAAAGUUUGUACGGGUGUCAGUGCAGGGGACCUCAGUCAUGUUAAAGUAAAACCCAAAGGUGUGCUGCUGAAAAUGCUAAAAAGGCUGGACAAGAUAAGGUUCAGAGGUCAGAAGCGAGACGAGUUCCUUGAUUUAGUGGAGUCUCCCAAUGCUUCAGACACAGAAUGUGGAGAUGAAAUCCCCAUGAAGAUACCUCCAACGUCAUUAAAAGAUACUGAGGAGCUAAAGGACCCUGCUGGUUCAGGGACCAUCAUCAUGGCUUCUGGAGUGGCAGAAUACAACAGGACAGAGUCUGAUCGACUUAAUGAGGUUAAAGGGCAUCUAGAAAUCGCCUUACUGGAAAAACACUUUCUUCAGGAAGAGCUAAGGAAGCUGAGGGAAGAGACAAACAUAGACACAUUAAAGCAAGAAUUAGAAAAGGAGAGGCAAAGAAGAACAGAACUAGAGCAAAAAAUUACUGACAUUGCCAAGACAAGGACAGAUGAAUCUGCCACACAGCAACUUUCAAAAGGACCGUCUCAGACCAACGGAGCAGACAAGCAAAGAAGUAAAACAAUGUGCUACAGAGUCCAAAAGUGGUUUUACGACAAAUUUGGGGAGUACAUAGAGGAUUUUCGAUUUCAGCCAGAAGAGUGCACUGUGGAAACAGAGGAACCACUGAGUGCUAGAAGAUUGACGGAAAAUAUGAGACGGCUAAAGAGAGGUGCCAAACCUGUUACAAAUUUUGUAAAAAACCUUUCUGCCUUAUCAGACUGGCAUUCUGUCUACACUUCUGCUAUUGCCUUUAUUAUUUACAUGAAUGCUGUUUGGCAUGGCUGGGCCAUACCUAUGUUUUUAUUUUUAGCUAUUUUGAGGUUAUCACUAAAUUACCUCAUAGCCAGGGGGUGGAGGAUACAGUGGAGCAUUGUGCCUCAAGUUUCAGAAACCAUAGAACUUCCAAAAGAAGAUCUGACGGUAUCUGAGAAGUUUCAGCUAGUACUCGAUGUAGCACAAAAAGCACAGAACCUAUUUGGGAAGAUGGCAGACAUACUGGAAAAAAUUAAGAACCUCUUUAUGUGGGUUCAACCAGAAAUGACCCAGAAGCUUUAUAUUAGUCUCUGGGCAGCGUUUGUUGCAUCGUGCUUUUUUCACUACAAGACAAUUGGCCUUUGUAUGGGACUGUAUGCUGGAAUCAAGUUUUUUCUCAUUGACUUUAUCUUUAAACGCUGUCCAAGACUUCGAGCAAAGUAUGACACCCCUUAUAUCAUAUGGACAAGUCUGCCAACAGACCCCCAGCUUAAAGAGCGGACAAAUGCAACUUCAUCAAGAAGGAUCCAGACUGUUUACUCUAGAGGUAAUCUGGCCUCCAGUGCCCCACAGGGAGUCAGUAGAGAUGAAGAAACAGGCCGCUUCCAUAGUACCAAAAAAAGUAGUUUUCACGAGAUCUUUAGUUUGCUUGAAACUGAGCGCCCUCUACCAGCCUGUGAAACUGGCUGGCGUUGCUGCUUGAUUAACAGAGAUCGCAAAAUGCCAACUGACUACAUCCGCAAUGGCAUCCUUUAUGUUACAGAAAAUUUUUUAUGCUUUGAAAGUUCAAGAUCGGGUUCCUCUAAAAGAAAUAAGGUCAUAAAGCUUACAGACAUAACAGACAUUCAGAAGUAUAAAGUGUUAUCGGUACUGCCAGGGUCUGGGAUGGGUAUUGCAGUAUCAACACCAUCUACACAAAAGCCUCUAGUUUUUGGUGCCAUGGUUCACAGAGACGAAGCAUUUGAAACCAUCUUCAGCCAGUAUGUCAAAAUCACGUCUGCAGUAACAAACAGCGACACCUAGCACUCACCCGACCACCCCUACUUUAUAGCUGUCAUCUUUGCCUUUCACUUCUUUAUUCUGUUUUGCAAUAAUUUUACUGAAUAGACGGUUAUAUU